AUGGCCGUUGCUGCCGUCCUCUCCCUGCAGCCCGGCACUCGCGGCACUGCGUCGGCUAGCACCUCCGGCAGGCCCUGGGCUCCCCUGAGCUCCAUCGCAGGCGGCCGCUGGCGCACAGCAGCAGCAGCAGGGGCGCGGCAGCAGCGGCGGCCAGACGGCCGGCAGAGCAUGCAGCCGGUGCAGGCGGUGGCCGAAGCGGAGGCCGCCGUGUCUGCCAACGGCGCCCCGGUGCGCACAGCUACCGUGCAGCGGCAGACCAAGGAAACGAACGUCAAGGUGACCAUCAAUCUGGACGGUACCGGCGUGUGCCACUCCAAGAGCCAGCUAGCGGGCAAGAACUCGCACCACAUUGUGGAGGCGACGUUCAAGGCGUUUGCCAGGGCGCUGCGCCGCGCGUGCGAGGCCGAUCCGCGGCGCGCCGGCACCAUCGCCUCCUCCAAGGGCGUGCUGACCCAGCAUUGA